CAGUAUCAUGUUCAGGAGGUCGAUGCCAAUUGUACUUCUGCCAACAAGGGAGUGCUGCGCAUGGCAGAUAAUCAUUUGCAGUUUUGUGACGGAAAAGACUGGGUACAACUGUUGGACAAAAAGUUGAAUCAAAACUCCCACGAAACACCAGGUUGGUAGAGAUGCGUUCUGUGCUAACAGUAGCCACCUUACCCUAAUCUUAUGUGCCUCUUUGGGAUAAAUGGCGACCAAUCUCCUCUCUUCCCUUGAAUGACCUCCGAGCACCCCUCUCACGAGCGUUCGUAGGUAACAUCCCGUGGUGAUCUGAGUCCAAAUAGUGUUGCUCAAACCCUUACAAAGAGCAUUAUUCAUAUAAACGCAAGACAGAGCCACAAGUAACUUUUUGAAUACAGUUAAAUAUAAACAAUUAUUCAUUGUUUAGCAACUGAUUGCCAGAACGUUCUGAACCGAGGUCAGUCUCGGGGAGAUGGUAUGUACUGGUUAGAUCCAGAUGGUGGAAGCCAUUCAAAUGCGUUUUUGGCUUACUGUGACAUGACGUCAUACAAUGGAGGAUGGACCAUGUGUUACACUACUGAUGAAUACGCCAAACCCAGGACUGAAGUCACCUACAAUCCUAAGUUUCUUUAUGGAAAUGACGGUUAUAGAACAAACUGCAACAACAUUAAAGUAAGUUGAUUGACUUGAUUUUCAGCAACUGCUUUACUUUGACGGAAAUGUUGACAAAGUUUCGUUCAGCAUAAAAGUCCUUUCCAACCUGGGCGGAGGUUUUUUGGAAGGCUGAUAAUAGCUCACCAGUAGAAUGCACUAAAGGAUUUGUUAUAUUAAGGUCACACAACAAGGAAAGAAAAAUACAGGAACAAAGAUCGAGCAAUUUCGUGCGGUUUUGCAUAUUAGAAAAUCACUUUGAUGAAAAUCAACCACAAGGAUCCAAGAAAGAAUUCUGACUCCAGGUGGGACUCGAACCCACGACUCUCCACUUAUGUCUAGGUUUGCAGGCAGCAGCACAAAUUGCAAUUUUUCACGUAUGUUGGGAAAAAUCGCAAGUCUGACUAUUUUUCGCGUUAGUUGCAAUUUUUGGCAGUUCUUUGUCACGUUAAUGAUCAUACUUGCGGCUGCGCGGUGAGCUGGGGUAUUUCUAGUAGCUCAGUGGUUGAGCAUCAGACUAGAGUGCGGAGAGUCACGGAUUCGCGUCUCCCACCUGGAAGACAAAAUUUCUUUCUUGGUUUCUUGUGGAUGAUUUUUACCUAAUAUAAGUGAUUUCUAUUUUAUGAUUAUAUUUUCAAGCAGUAUGGUUUUGUUUUUAUUUAUCAUCCAGGGCAGACUAAAUUUGGAGAUGUAACAUUUAACAUAUUUCAUUACGAUAUUGCUGUUUACGCUUUUGCUGUUUUUCGUUUUAACUUGUAAGCGAUGAUACAUUCUAAAUUUCUAGUUACAAAGAAUUCAGUUGUUUGAAUUAUCAAGGUUUUCCAUAAUUUCAGGCCCUGACGUGUACACCACCCGACAGUUAUCAUUUCUGAGGCACCAACACACCAUUUGAUUCCAUUUGAUCGGGUCCAAUAAAUGACAACAGUUGUUUUUCUUUUUCUUUUGCUUCAGUUCACCGAGAUUAUUUUCGUUGAUCACCAAACUGGAGAUAAGGCUCACUUCAAACGGAAAACUAACUUGCCCAUCAAAGCUGUUGGUAACUAUGGGAAGCAAGCUAGUGCUUAUGGAUUGUGGGAAGGCUUUGGAUCCAUGAAUAGUGGUUACUCGUACCAGCUGUUGAUCUGUGAUCAUUCUUUUUACACCGGGUUUUUUGUUUCCGGAUACACCAACUGUUACAAGCAGUGUAACCACUGGUGUAGUGAUACCAAAACGCCUUAUUUCCGCACAGCUUCUACAAAUAGCGGCUAUAAGGGUGUGGCCUUCAAUACCAAUGGUCACCGAUCCGUCAGCACUCGAUUGAUGAGUGUCGGUCUGCGUUAG